AUGGACCUGUCAGACUUUCCCUUCACUCUUUCUUCAGCAGAUGACAUCUAUGACCCCUGCUUCAACACCAGCGACCUGAACUUUUUUGACGACCUCGAUGCCCGGCUGACGCAUGUCAGCUUUCUGAAGUCAGAGGACCAUCUUCAUCACCACGUCCCCAUCACAGAAGAGGAGGACCAGCAUGUGAGGGCCCCUGGAGGCCUCCACCAGGCAGGUCACUGCCUGCUGUGGGCCUGCAAAGCGUGCAAGAGGAAGACAACCCAUGCAGACCGAAGGAAAGCGGCGACGAUGCGUGAGAGGCGACGACUCAGUAAAGUCAAUGAUGCAUUUGAGACACUGAAACGCUGCACGGCUUCCAAUCCAAACCAGAGACUGCCCAAAGUGGAGAUCCUCCGCAAUGCAAUCAGCUACAUUGAAUCACUGCAGGCGCUGCUCAGGAACGGCCAGGACGAUAGCUUCUACCCACACCUCGAACACUACAGCAGGGACUCAGGCACCUCCAGCCCCCACUCCAACUGCUCUGAUGGCUCGGUGGAUUUUAUCUCACCGAGUUCAGCCAGAAGUGAAAACAGUGAUGCUUCGUACUGCAGCCAUACAGGAGACGAUUGCAGCAGCAGCAGAAGCAGCAGCAGCAGUCAAACACCGCUCAUUUCCAGUCUGGACUGUUUGUCUAGCAUUGUAGAGCGGAUCAGCACAGACCAGGCUGCACUCCCCCCUGGGGACAGUGUGGUCCCCCAAGGCCCUGAAUCACCUCACACCAGCCCUGCUGUCUCCAGUCCAUCAGCAGAGUACGAACCUGCCUGAAACUGAUGGUGUAGGGACUCAUUUUUAUUAAAAACAUCUUAAUACCUCCAUUUUUAAGGAGGAGGAGAGCACAGGUGAAAAAAGAAACACUAUAAUAUUCCUGUUUUUUUUUUUUAACAAGUCACCAAAGUGGGGAAUUACAGAAGAGAUGCUUUUUUUUUUUUGUUUUUUUUCCAAGCUAGUAUCACACUAAAUUAACCUCUAAACUCUAGGUCUCUUUUCAUGUGGUCGAAGACUUUUCUGAUGAAUAACAAAUCAAGUUUGAGUCUCGUGUCAUCAGUUUUUAGCCUCUUGGAUGAACUGAAGGCUGCAGAUUGGUUAAUAAAUCCCAGCAGAGUUAUAUGAGAGGGCAGUUUCAUAUUUAUAUCUGCUGAUGAUAACUGAGGACCAUUUGGUGCACCUGUAAUUGCACGCUUAAUAUUUGUAUGAUCUCAUACAAUACUUUC